UCGUCCUCCUCCUCGGGUCGGGGUCUGGACCCCCCCCCCCCAGGACGGCCCCCAGGCUCCGGUGGCUAGUACAGCCGGCCGUGGGCCCCUAGGCAGAGCGCUAGGAGAAGGACGCGUCCCUCCCCUUACAGCCCGGCCCGGCCAUGCCGUCCUCCUCCUCCUCCUUCUCCUUCUUCUCCUUCUUCGCCCUGGCCCUGCUGCUCGGGGCCCUGCAAGCCAUUGCACUCCCAGUGAGCGACCCAGUGAAUACAGGGGACACAAAGGUGAUGAAAUGUAUCGUGGAGGUCAUUUCUGACACCCUGUCCAAGCCCAGCCCUCUGCCCAUCAGUCCUGAGUGCUUGGAAACACUUCGAGGAGAUGAAAGGAUAAUUUCGAUCCUCCGUCAUCAAAAUUUGCUUAGAGAGCUUCAAGAACUUGCAUUACAAGGUGCCAACGAGAGGAAGCAGCAGCAAAAGAAAAACAGCGAUUUUGAAGAAGAACUUUCCGAAGUCCUCGAGGGCCAGAACGGGGCAACUAGUCCGGCAGAACCAUCCACGGAAAGCCCUGCUGAGGUUCCCGACGAAGCGGCCACAGCAGAGAUGAGCCCGAGAGAUUCCUUUGAGGAGGCUGAGAAGAACGGUGUAGAGGGAAAACAGCUCUGGCCCCAGGGAGCCGGUCCUGAGGAGGAGGAGGAGGAAGAUGAUGAGGAGGGAGAGCUGGAGAGCAAUGAGAUCACGGAGGAUCCAGAGGUCGAGAGACGUCAAGCCUCAGACAACCACAUUAAAGAUGAUCUUGAGCCAGCAGAGAGGCCUGAGCAGGAGCCCGGAGAAGGAGGGAAGGAUCACCAGCUGGGAGCCACCCAAAAGGGCCAGGAGCUUGAAGACGAUGAGGAGGAGGAAAGGGAGAAGGGAAUCAAUCCCCAAAAUGACCUGGAGGAGAGCAGAGAGCUAGAAGAGCUAGCUCAGAAGAAACAGGCUGGAGAUAAAGAAAUCUCUGAAGAAGUUCUUAAAGGGGCAGUCACGUCCAGCACAACCCUUGAAGAGAAUGAGAAGAUUCAAAGGGAGGACAGUGCGUAUAUGAUUCCUUUGGAAAUCUUGUCUCCCCCUGCCCCCACCCCAAGUCUCCAUGAGGCUUCGGAUUUGGGUAGAGAAGAGAAGAGUAGCGAAGAAGAAGAUAAAUCCCAGGAAGGAAAAGUGGAACGCCGUCAGCCCGAGGUGGGAGACAUGGCAGCUGACAAUCUCUUUCCUUCAAGGGGGAGCAGGAACCAGGAACCGGGGAGUGAGGCUUCUAGGGAAUGGAGAGAUGCCAAGAGGUGGAACAAGAUGGACGAGCUGGCAAAGCAGCUGAUGGCUAAGAAAAGGGCAGAGGAAGAAGACAGUGAAGAGGAGCCAGAUCGGUCCAUGAAACUCUCCUUCAAAACCCACAAAUAUGACUUCGGAGAGGCCGGGAGGCCGAAGAAGCACCACUCCAAGGAGGAAGGCCUGGAGGCCGGGCUCCCGCUCCCUGAAGACAAGAGAGAUGAAGAAGGAAGUGCAAACAGAAGGACAGAGGAUCAAGAGCUGGAAAGCCUGGCCGCGAUUGAGGCCCAGUUGGAGAAAGUUGCCCACAAGCUCCACCAACUGCGGCGGGGCUGAGCCUGCGGGCCCAAGACCACACCGAGUCCCAGUAUACACUCCUCCUCUUACACUGCUUUCUCACUUCUCGACUGCGAUAACGCUGGAGCAGAGGUGUUUCCCGUAGGAAGCCGGGGUAUCUGAAACCCCAGGGGCUUCGCUCGCUCUUAGAGCUGCACACUUCAUCUGCUUCUUCCUCGAUUGUGGGCAGGGCCAGAUCAUGCUGGCUGCCUGGGGGCCUUGGAUUGUGUCCCGGGCUCCUCUCCCCGCCUGCAUUUUGUGUGUUGGGGUUUGGUUUCUUUUUCUUUUUUGGUUUUUAAAGAUAACGACAGGACUUUCUAGAACGUUUCACUUAUACUGUUAGAUUCACUGAAAACUGCAAUAACUUGUUAUCUUUUGAUGAAUAAAGCUAAGAAUUCUUGACUAA